AUGAAAUGCCCGUGGCGAACCGAGAGGAAGUUGGGCAGAAAGCAGGUAUGUAUUGCCUGUCAGGGCAAUGCUGAGUCUUCGAGUUUCUCGGAAGGCAAGACUGAGUUGAGAGCUAGAAAGGUUUCUUUGGAGACAUUGGAAGGUAAGAAUAUUGAAACGAGAGUGUCAAGAUCGAGAGGCGUUUCUUUGGAGGCUUUGGAAGCUUUAGAAGGGAAGAUUGAGAUGAGUGUCUUGAUAGAGAGAGACGCUGCGCUGGCAGCUUUGGAAGGUAAUGAGACCAUCCAGGUGUGUGGGAAAAUGGAAGGUGGGUGGAAGAACAAACUACUAAUGGCGAGCUUCCUGGGGUUUUUUUUGAAAGGCCUGAUGGCUUCCUUGAAUUGAGAAGGCAGAGCGCUGGAAUUUCAUAUAACUAACCAGUCAGGAGCCUCUAGAAACGAGGCAGAAUCCCAUCGGUAAGUCACCAGCACAAAACCCUCAACUCAAAUAUUAA